AUGACUACGAUACCAAGUUUAAAACAGGUUAUAGCUAGCUAUAAUACACCUCAACGUAAGUUAAAGGAGCUCGGGUUGGUACAAUCUCAUAUAGAUAGAUUCACAGACGUUGCACAGAUGCCUAAUGCUGCCAGGUAUUCAAUCAUCCGCCUUCGUUUGGUUGCAAAAGAUGGCACCAUCCACAAUUUGGGCAAAGGAACUACACCUAAUCAAAUGUACGACCCCAACUUGCUAACUUCUCGCCCUUGCUCUGAGGCUUCACAGUUUUCAGAGAUUAUCGAUUCAACUUUACAAACAUCGCAAGAGUUAAUGUUAUCAGAUAAUAAUAUAUAG